AUGCCAGCACCCAAAGCACAGAAGAAGAGCAAGAAGCCCGCGCCGGCGGAGCCUGAAUUGCCGCCACCAACGAAUGGCAAGGGCAAGACUGCGAAGACCGAUGGCACUGCUACGCCACCGGUAGUGGCAGAAGCAGAGAAGAGACGAUUGGAUACUCGCACACUCAUCGCUGGAGCUUCGUGGACUGGCAAGCUGCCCCAGACCUUGUUCAAUGAACACGUACAGAAGCAGGCAACUUGGCAGAAGCCAGAUUACAGCGUACGACAGACUCCCGACGGCUUCACGGGAGCUGUGACUCUGCGACGGAAAGACCCUAAGACGCAAGAGGUGACUGUGCUGCCGCCGAUUAUGCCGCCAAGACCAUACAUGGAGGAGAAGGGAGCCCAGCCUAGUGCAGUAGAGGCUAGGCACUUCGCAGCGACCUAUGCCCUGUUCAGAGUCUGUAACAUGAAGAACAUGGCCAUGGCGCUUCCGCCGCAGUAUCGGGACCUCUGGAAAGGUGAUUUCGAGCAGUUGAAAAAGGAGGCAGUGGCACAAGGCAACGGGUAUCUAUAUGAAGCAGAUCCUUUCCAAGCAGUCAAGCAUCGUGAUGAUAAUAGGAGGACGAAGGAGAAGGAACGAGCGGAGAGGGAAAAAAAGAGGGAGGCGGAGGUCAAGCAGGCGCAGGUCAGUGUCAGCAUGGAUGGACAAGUGCGGAAGCUGGAUAAGGGGUGGUCGAAAGCCCCGAAGGUUGAGAUGGGCGUGAAGACGAGGAGGGACGUUGAGUUUAUGGUGAGGUCACAAGGUGUCUGGAACCCCUACGGUGUGCAGCUUGAUGGUGGUCACAAGAAGAAGAUCAGGGAGAAGUUGACGAAGUAUGGGUUCCGGCCUAGCCAUGUGGAGGAAGCCAUGGAGAUGUGCGGGAGCCAGGAAGAGUGCAUUGAGUGGCUUUUGAUUCAUCUUCCUGAGGACGAUGUACCGGCUUGGGCUCUGCCAGAGAACUAUCUGGCUGGUCUCGCACUUGGAGCUAGUGAUCUAGCACGCGAGGGCAAGAUAAAACGACUAUGUGCUGCUGGCUACUCUCGAGAUGUGUGUGUGGAGGUCCUAGAUGGUUGUGGUGGCAGUGAAGCUCAGGCAGCUUUCGGGCUGCAGAGUAGACUGCUAGGCAUUGCCUCACAGGAUCUUCGCAGCGACAAUGCCGAGGACAGCCAUGGCAACGAACUCUGGCAAGAGGAACAGGCCACCCUCGAAGCCAUCUUCAUCGAUCGCUAUAGUAUCAGGAAGAGCAUUUGCAGUGUAGAACUGGAAGUGCGUACGCCAAAUAAAAGCAUGAUCACCGUGCGUGCUAGACCGUCGAAGGACUACCCUCGAUCACUGCCGGCUGUCUCUGUUGAGACUUCUCUACCAGCCUACAUCAAGCUCAGCAUACUCCGCCAGGCACUCGUACACGCUCAGCAGAAUCUAUUAGGCGAGAUAAUGCUGUUCAAUAUUCUCGACUGGCUAGAGCAGGAAAUCCCGAGAAUCAUUGAGCAGCCAGACCCUCUUCGAACGAUCGCCAACGCUACAUCGGUUGCCGUAGACACUUCCGUGAAGCCUACUACUGCGAGGUCGCGGCCGAAGAGGCACCCAAGACCAAUCGUGUGGUCCGCACAUACACCCACCAGCAAGCGUAUACAACAAGACUGGACCAACAAACAAAAAUCUGCCGACCAGAUGAAGAUGCUGAAGGUACGACAAAAUCUUCCUGCGUGGAAGCUGCGAGACCGCAUCGUGGCCUCCGUCAGCGUCAACCAGGUGACCAUUAUCUCAGGAGAAACAGGUUCUGGCAAAUCGACACAGAGCGUACAAUUCGUCCUGGACGAUCUGAUAGGUCAAGGAUACGGAGAACAUGCGAAUAUUAUCUGUACACAACCUCGUCGUAUCUCUGCUAUUGGUCUGGCGGAUCGCGUUGCUGAUGAGAGAUGUGGUAGAGUUGGCGAUGAGGUCGGAUACACGAUUCGAGGAGAGUCGAAGCAGAAGGCUGGCACUACAAAGAUCACUUUCGUAACGACUGGUGUAUUGCUCAGACGACUGCAGACUUCUGGUGGCAGUGCACAAGAUGUGGUCGAUAGUCUGGCAGAUGUUAGCCAUGUGGUGAUCGAUGAGGUCCACGAGCGCUCUCUCGAUACUGAUUUCUUGCUUGUGCUGAUAAGAAACGUGCUGAAGAUGCGGAAGGAUCUCAAGCUUAUAUUGAUGAGCGCCACGCUCGAUGCUCAGGUGUUCGAGCGAUACUUCUCUGGCGUCUCUUCUGUGGGCAAGGUCGAGAUCGAAGGACGUACUCACCCAGUGAACGAUAUUUACAGGACACAGCUUGUCAAUAUGCUGGGCUAUGGCUUUGGCAUAGGAGAAGAUGACGACGACGCUUCUGAACCUGACAGCGGUAUACCAGACGACUGGAGCAUGGCUGGUAACCGUAGUGCACCACGAAAGGAGAAGCCUCGGAAGCAGUAUACUCAGAUUGGUCAUGAUGGUCAUAAUAUCGACUACGACAUGAUCUGCCAGGUUGUACAGCACAUUGAUCGUGAACUUGGUGGCGAGGAGGGAGGAAUCCUUAUCUUCUUGCCUGGUACAAUGGAGAUUGAUCGCACUAUACGGGCUUUGGGCAGUGUGCAGAAUUUGCAUGCCCUCCCUCUUCAUGCAGGACUGCAAAGUGCAGAACAACGGCGAGUGUUCGCGAAGCCUCCACGAGGUUUACGCAAAGUAGUGGCAGCGACUAAUGUAGCCGAAACCUCAAUCACGAUCGACGACAUCGUGGCUGUGAUCGACACAGGUCGUGUCAAGGAGACCAGUUUUGACCCCGCAAAUAACAUGGUACGCUUGACCGAGACAUGGGCCUCGCGGGCAGCUUGCAAACAGCGUCGCGGACGUGCUGGACGAGUGCGGGCUGGGAAGUGUUAUAAGCUAUACACCGAAAACCAGGAGAGCAAAAUGGCUGAGCGACCCGAACCUGAGAUCAGGCGAGUGCCGCUCGAACAGCUGUGCUUGUCCGUCAAGGCGAUGGGCGUCACCAAUGUGCCAGCUUUUCUGGCCUCUGCUCUAACGCCACCCGAGUCGCUGUCGGUCAGUGGCGCCUUAGACUUGCUAGGUCGUGUGGGAGCGCUUGAUCAGAAUGAGCUUACUGCACUUGGACGACACAUGUCUAUGAUACCUGCGGACCUUCGGUGCAGUAAGCUCAUGGUUUACGGUGCAGCAUUCGGCUGUUUAGACGCUUGUUUGACCAUCGCCGCUACACUGACUGUGAAGAGUCCCUUUGUGGCACCACAGGCGAAGCGUGACGAGGCGAAAGCUUCGAAAGCAUCGUUCGGUGGCGGCAAUGGCGAUCUCUUGUGCGAUCUCAGAGCUUUCGAGCAGUGGUCAGAAAGAAGGUCACAAGGCGAGCCGACAUCGAUGCUGCGAAGAUGGUGCGAUGGCAACUUCUUGAACAACCAGACUUUGUUUGAUAUUGCUUCUACCAGGUCGCAGUACGUCUCGUCUUUGCAAGAGAUCGGCUUUGUGCCGCACGGUAGGACACCCGAGACCUACAACCGCAACAAUCAGAACGAGGGGCUUCUUCGCUCGCUCAUAGCCGGAGCCUUCCAGCCACAGCUAGCACGCAUUGACUUCCCAGACGCAAAGUACAAAGCUUCUGCAGCGGGUGCAGUGGCGAUUAACCCGGAGGCCCAUACGAUCAAGUACUUCAGCCAAGAGAAUGGCCGGGUCUUUGUGCAUCCAAGCUCCACCAUCUUCGAUGCACAAGGCUUCCCAGGAAACAGCGCAUUCAUGUCCUUCUUUGCCAAGAUGGCCACGAGCAAAAUCUUCAUCCGCGACCUCACGCCUUGCAAUGUUUACAGCUUGUUAAUGUUCGGUGGCAAGAUUGAGAUCGAUGAGCAAGGAAGGGGAUUACUGGUUGACGGAUGGCUGAGAUUGAAGGGAUGGGCAAGAAUUGGGGUGCUAGUGAGCAGGAUGAGGAUGAUGCUCGAUGAGGUUCUGGCGAGGAAGGUCGAUGAGCCAGGGUUGGAGAUGAGUGAGACGGAGAUUGUUAAGUUGGUUUCGAGGAUGGUUGCUUUUGACGGCCUGGAUAGGUAG